AUGAAGACUCUGACUCGGACUCUCUCUUUUAUCAAAACUUUCGCUUUUGUUUUACUCAUUCUAUCAUGGACAUGUGGUGUGGCCAAAGCUCAUUGGCAUCCAAAUGCGAUUUUAAGGAUCUCCAAAGGCUUUUUGGCUGGAGAUUGCACCGUGAGACCUUCAGUGAUUAUCAAUGGUACCUCCCCUGGACCAGAGCUUCGGUUCAAAGAAGGACAACGCGUCUGGAUAAGAGUCUACAACGACCUUCCGGAUCAAAACACAACUUUACACUUCCAUGGAUUGAGUCAAUUUGGCUCACCCUUUGCAGAUGGAACACCGGCCACUUCUCAGUUCCAACUAGAAUCUGGUAGCGCGGGGACAUACAUGUAUCAUACUCAUGUUGACUUUCAACUUGUAACUGCGCACGGCGCUUUUAUUGUUGAAGAUGAGGGCCCACCGCCGUACUCCUAUGACGAGGAAUUGACUUUACUUUUUGCCACACCUUUUCAGUGGCCAGGUGAGCCUUCGAGCUUGACUGUGAACGGAAAUGCACUGGCGCACUGUGAUCCAUCUCGCGGCUACCGCUGUAGUGGGGAAUGUCAUCAGCACGUAAUGAAUUUAAAACCCAGCCGAACGUAUCGUGUGAGGUUCAUUGGAAUCACCGCCCUGACUUUCCUCUACAUUGGCCUCGAAGACCAUCAUGAAUUCGAAAUCAUAGAAGCUGAUGCAGCUUACCUAAAGCCUACGCGGACUGACCACCUUGAACUGCAUUCGGGACAGCGUUACUCCUUCUUAUUACGUACCAAAAGCAGGGCUGAACUUCGUGCGUUGAACAAGACAACUUUUUGGGGAAGAAUUGAGUCACGAUGGCGGCCAAUUCGUGACAAAGGAUCAUUCGUAAUUACGUAUGACCGUGGAUAUGAACAAGAACUCGCGACUUUUCCACCACGCAACUUGGCAAGAAGAGUUUUCCUUCCAGAUGAGCGUGUUAGUUGGGUCAACCGGGCCUUCGCGCCUCUCCGCCAACAUGAUGUCUCACCCACAGAACAGGAGGUGACCCGGCGCAUCAUGAUCCGUGCUCAACAAUUGACAACAGCAGGUGGUGGUUCACAAUAUUUUGUCAAUGGACAAGCGGCAUACUUGAACCCGUCCUCUUUGCAGCCAGACUACGGACAAGCGGAAGUGAACCAUGGAUAUGACUCGUCUACCUCAUCAUUUCCUUUGCGACUAGGGGAGACUGUGGAAAUUGUAAUCUUCAAUUUUGCUUCAAGCUUAGGUGAAGCCGAAGCACAUCCAUGGCAUUUUCAUGGACAGCAUCCGUUUAUGGUCGCCCAAGGAUAUGGAAAAUAUAGUCCUGAAGCAGCGCGCCGGAUUGAGGCCCAAAAUUUUGUCAAGUAUGGAGGUUUGCCACAUCGACGAGAUACUCAAGUCAUCCUUCCCGGUCAGGGCGCUACCUAUGAGGACGAGAAAAUUGCUGAAGGAACACUGUCAAGUUGGAUAGUUCUACGGAUGCGAGUUUCAGUCAGCGGAGCAUUUUUAGUGCAUUGUCAUAUCCAGCGGGUGUGA